GCAAAAAGCCAAACCACCUGGCCAGAAAAAGAAAAAAGAUAACUACAAAACCAUCAUCAUACAGCAUCACAAAAAUCGUGUAUCUAUAACUCUAACUUGUAAGUAUAGUUGUAAGUAUAAUUCUAUGCAAAUCACAAAAACCACAAAUAUUUUCCCCCAAAUCGAGCCAAACAGCCCCUAGGGUUUCCAAUUUUCGAUUCUCCCCCAAAAUGAGAACCCCUUGUUGCCACUCAUUCCUCUCGUUCCUUCUCAAAUUCCUCCAUUUUCUGCAGACAUUCGCGGGAAUUUCGCUGAUUCUGUACUCAAUUUACUUGCUCAAUCAAUGGAAUCAUCACAAUUCGGGCCCAAUUGCGCCGGCGCCGGGUAAUUCUGACGGGGUUCGGGUAAAGUUCGGAUCUUUACCGGGUCUUGAUCGGGUCGAGCCGGUGAGGCUUUUCGGAGAGAGUCUCGCGGGCGUUGAUGGAGGGAAAUUGAAUUCUGUGGAGCUUCCUGCUCCUUGGUUUAUAUAUGCAACUAUGGGAUUGGGGAUUGUGCUGUGUUCCAUAUCAUGCAUCGGUCAUAUCGCAGCUGAAGUAAUCAAUGGAUGUUGCCUUUGUUUCUAUACUAUCUUAGCUACUUUGCUCAUUCUGCUCGAAGGGGCCCUGGUAGCAUUUAUUGCCAUUGAUCGUCACUGGGAGAAGGAUAUUCCAUAUGACCCUACUGGAGAUGUGGAUAACUUUCGUAACUUCAUCGAGGACAAUGCUGAUAUAUGUAAGUGGGUUGGCAUUGCCGUACUUAUAGUUCAGGCAUUGUCCCUUCUUCUUUCCCUGGUUCUGCGAUCCAUGGUUUCUACUCGGCCGGUAGAGGAUGACAUUGAGGGAGAUUAUGAUGUCAGGGUAAGAACUAGGGAACCACUUCUGAAUUCACAUGUCGGCCAGGCAUCUGGAUCAGUGAAGGGUGAUUCAGAUAUAUGGAGCUCAAGAAUGAGGGAGAAGUAUGGGUUGAAUGGGAGUGAUCCCAAGUAGAACUUGCUGAAUCCGGAGGUUUCUGUGGAUGUAACCAAAGCAAGCGAAUACAUGUCAAUGUCGUACAACUCUGUAUAACUCUGCCGCCUGUAUCAUGAGUAGUCACUCUUUUGUUCUCGUGUCUAAAUCUCCUGACCUAAAAACAUAACCUCGUGUGAGUGUUCAGGCUUCUGCUUGCUUGAGUUUCUACUUUUAAAGGCUCGUGACGUCUGUUAAUAACUUUACCCCGUAUAGUCUGAUCUUUCUAUAGUCCCGUGUAUACGUCUUCUAAAUGUCGUGCUUUUCCUUUGGUGUGCUUGUAAUUGGAAUACAUUGUGUGACAAUAGAAAAGGAUGAGAUAGAGGCUUGUUGUGUA